UGAUAGCGGACCUGGAUGACUGGCGCUACCGGCGAUGUCUACUGCUGUGUACUCUGCAACCCCUGUGUAACUGUGUUGAAAGCUAGCAAUACUUAUUUAUACAGUAAACAUUUCUAGUACUUUUUAAGCAUGUCGUUUGACUCCGGUGAUGCCAGUGCGGGUGUGGACCGAGAAAUGCAACAGUUCCUGGCCGUGGAGCAGCAGAAAGCGCAAUUCCAGGCGCAGGUUCAUCGGCUCAACGAAAUUUGCUGGGACAAGUGCAUGGACAAGCCGGGCACCAAGCUGGAUGGGCGGACUGAGACCUGCCUAUCAAACUGUGUUGAGCGUUUCAUUGACACAUCACUCUCAAUCACCAAUCGCUUUGCACAGUUACUGCAGAGGUCAGCUGCCGGCCACACAUAGCCCUGCGUGAAAAAUUUAUGACGUUUGAAGGGAAACAAAUCUAGUGCAUCACCAUUCACCUGGACGAAGGAAAGGAACAACACUCAAGAGUCAGCCGUUACGACUGCAGCAAUCAUCAGGUUUCCUCGUGUUUAGUGGCACAAAUUAAAACUUAUGAAACUUUAUUUCAUGUGCAUGAAGAACAGUACUAGUAAUUAAAAUAAGUUUAGUAUACUGUGGCA